AUGAAAAAACAGGUAUCUUACAACUAUCAUAUCAAACUUGACAAAUCUGGCAGCCCAGUGAAUUCAAAGUGUGAAUGUCUAGCAGGAAAGGGUUCCAAUGCCACCUGCAAGCAUGUUGCUGCAGUGCUGUUAAUGGCUGAUAUUUUCUCUAAUACUGGAGAAAUUUCAAUACAGAAAUCAUGUACAGAAGGUUUACAGACUUUUCAACAACCAAAGACAUAUUACAAUGGUGCUCCAGUGAAAAUUGAAAAACUUGCUAAAAGGAAACCAACAGAAAUAUUAGAGGACCCAAGACCACAGAAGUACAGAAAUAUGGAAGGGUUUACAGACCAUGUCAGAAACACCAUGAUUAAUUUUUGCUCUCAAUCAUCUCAAGACCUUACACUGAGAUAUAUUUUUCCUGCAGCUGAUAUACAGUUAGAUUUAUGCACAUGGCUUCUUUAA